AUGAUUGAAUGGCUGACACCCAGCAGCAUGGCGGCCAUGUCUGGCAAGCUUGGCAAUUUUGAAGUGUCUGACUUGAAGUCAUCAGCGACGGACCUGGAUACGCUGCAGGAGUCGUCUAGUUUAACCAGCACGAGCACUGAUUUGGAAACUCAAAAGACUCUGCCGCACGAGCCAAAUACGCCAAAGCCGACAAAUAUGGUUAAUCAACCACAAGACACUGAUUGGGACGAGUCCCCCUUUCCUAUAUUGUCCCCUAAAAGCAGACACGACUCGACACACAAGUCGCAAAAUAAUGCACCAGCUAAACCCCGGGCACACUCGAUUGACACAAGGGACUUUGAGAAGGGAGAGGAUGACACCGAGGGUGUCAAACUUCCUCAGGUUAACAGCCAUUUACGGGACAAGUCAUUGCGGGUUAAAAGCAACAAACACGCUGCUGUUCCGAUCAUGUCGGAAAUACCGACGAAACCAGGACUAUUCGAGAAUGCAACAAAUCCUCUGCCCGGACCAGUGUUGCCGAGUCUACCCCUGGCCUCCGAAGACAAUGUGAUCCAGACAAAACUGCAUAAUGACCAAAGUAACAAUUGCGCCAAUGGGGGCAUUGUUUCUGAGAAAUCAAAGCACCACGGGUUCGAGUUCGAGUUUGAGGCUGCCACACCUCACAGCUGUGACAAUAUUUUGCCUCAAGCUCUUUCGAAGCUCGAUGUCGAUCUUAUUAACUUCAUCUGCGAUGUAUACGAGGAAGACGAUAUCUCAGAGUCCCGUCAUGUCUCAACGCACAAGACGAGUUACCCGUACCCCCAACCUGUCGAUGAGCGGAAGAGUUUGCGUCGUCAUUCUGUCCUGCAUACUGCAAGAUCCAGGGAGCAGUGGUUGCGUUUCAAUGAGCAGGCACUUUUUUAUGUUCUUACAGAUCCACAAGCCGUGGUGUUGUCGUUUACACAGGAGAAUAAACUUUACGACUCGCAGACUUUAUGUUCCUCAAAGCGGAGGAACGGGCACAGAACCCAGAAACGAGCUGAGGCCCUCCCCGAUUCAGAAGCGGGCUAUUUGAUGUCCAUUUGCAUGCAUGCACUGGUUGCUGCCACGCCAGUGGUCGGGGACUCAAGAACAUUAUAUGAAUUGUCGCGAGUUCGUUCCAAUGGAUUAACACUAGCAGGCGGCAGUGCCGUCUCGCGGCAACCCUCUUCACGAUGUUUGGAUUAUGACGACGCGUUUUCGAACGACGUGGCUGUCAGGCUGGCACGUCGGCUGUUUUGCGCGAUAACAGCCAGACGUUGCUUCGCUGAUAGAGCACACCCAGCUGGCCGGUUAGAGGGCUUCAAAAUGAACGACUGUGAUAUUUUGCAACCUUUGGUGAAUCAACUCGACUUCCUCAGUACGGGCUCAGCGUCAAUACUCGAAUUCCCACGGGACGAGCGCCUUCUGCACGAGACUCGCGUUCCAACCGUGCUUCUGGACUGGGCACGCACUAUACUGUUGAAUGAAUGGGACGGCCGGGCUCACUUUGUUAUGGACGGUCCUUUUGGCGGAGCAUUAUCGUUCAUCGAAACCUUACGCGAUGUUCAAUUCCGAGUUGAUUACCUCUCAGAACGACUCGAUUUAAUCGAAAUGCCUGUGGAAUGGCUGUCUUUCAAGUCAACACGAUGGCGACGACACAUACUCGACUACCCUUACAUCUUCAGCCCUGAGACGCUGGUCUCAUUCUUCCGAUCCAUUAACUUUGCUCGAAUGAGUCGCAUGUUCGAAGAAUCAAGUUCGCUUAAAACACGAAUGAGUGCUAUAGUUGAUCCUGGAAGUCUUAUCACCAACCCGCAUCACAAAAUGGUCUUGCAAGAUCUUCUAAGAACGGCAUCAUCGAAGUAUCUGGUCUUGGAAGUAGGCAGAGAAAAUGUUGCCAGAGAUGCAUUUGACCAACUUUGGAGGCGCGAAAGAAGGGAGCUUUUACGACCGCUUAAGGUUCAUUUAGGGGAGAACAGUGGCGAGGAGGGAUUUGACUCAGGAGGUGUGCAGCAAGAGUUCUUUCGUUUGGCCAUUGCAGAAUGCUUAGAUCCCGGAUUUGGGGCCUUCACCGUUGAUGAAAGGACACGCAUGGCUUGGUUCGCUCCAGGUUCGUUGACCGAAGACUGGAAAUACGAACUUGUCGGGCUUUUGAUGUCGCUCGCGCUUUACAACGGGUUGACACUGCCGGUUACUUUCCCGAGGGCUCUUUAUCGGAAGUUGCUGGGUAAUCCCGUUGAAGAGCUUCAUCAUAUCGCUGAUGGGUGGCCGGAUUUAGCGAGUGGAUUGACGACUUUGCUGGAGUGGGAUGAAAAGAACGGUCUUAUUGAAGAUAUCUUCGCCCGUACAUACGAAUUCUCGGUAUCUUCAUUAGGGACGAUUGUUACGCGCGAAAUGAGGGCAGGUGGAAGCACGAUUUGGCCGAACGCAGCCUCAAGCUCAACAGAUAUCGAGCCACCACACAUGGAGAACGCAGACGACGCACCGCUUGUCACCAACGACAAUCGGGAUGACUACAUUGUAGACUACAUCCGCUACCUGACGGACGUUUCUAUUCGACGCCAAUAUCUUGCUUUCGAACGUGGAUUUGCCUCAUGCUUAGACAAGAAGUCCUUGUCACUCUUAUGUCCAUCUACCUUGCAGUCGCUAGUUGAAGGAGUACAAGAAAUCGACAUCGGCGAACUCAAGCGUUAUGCUCGUUACGUCGGGUGGGAUACGUCGCAUCGUACCAUCAAGGACUUUUGGUCUAUCGUCAAGAGGUAUGACGAGGGCAUGAAGCAGAGGCUACUUGAGUUCGUGACAUCGUCUGACCGCGUUCCCGUUGGUGGCAUGAAGAACUUGCAGUUCGUUAUACAAAAGAAUGGCGAAGAAGAUGGCACUGGUGGGCAUUUGCCUACGGCUUAUACUUGUUAUGGAACAUUGCUUUUACCGGAAUACAGAGACAAAGAAGUCUUAAGGGAGCGGCUUGGGAUGGCGUUACAAAACGCCCAGGGGUUCGGUUUCGCUUAA